AUGGGGUCCUACAACCGUUCAAACUUCCAACGGUUGCUUUCUUUCACCAAGCUCUUAACCUCCCACGUCAGCCAAGGCCGUCAUGACAAAGCCCUUUCCCUCUUCCACCACAUGCAGACCUCGCUGGCUCUAUCUCUCGACCCCCAUGUUUUCUCUCUUGUUCUCAAGUCCUGCUCCGCCGUCCAUUGCCCGCAACUCGGCGUCUCCGUCCAUGCCCAUGUCACCAAAUCUUCCAUCCUAUCAAACCCAUUUGUGGCUUCCGCUCUCGUCGACAUGUAUGGCAAGUGCGUGUCAUUGCCGACCGCACGCAACCUGUUUGAUGAAAUUCCUCACAGGAACGUUGUUGUGUGGAAUGCUAUGGUAUCGCUUUAUACGCGUAACGGUAAUGUGUUUGAUGCUUUGAGAUUGUUUGAGGCAAUGGAUGUUGAACCUGAUGUGUCAACUUUUAAUACCAUUAUAUCUGGGAUGUCGGGAUUGGAUGAUGGGUCGUUUAAGGCUGUCGAGUUCUAUAGGAAAAUGACAGCGCGUGGAUGGAAACCAGAUUUAAUAACACUGCUUGCUUUGUUACGUGCUUUUGUUGGUGUAGCGGCUUUAAGGUUUAUUAAGGAAAUUCAUGGCUAUGAUGUGAGAAAUGAGAUUGACUCGCAUUCCCAAUUGAGUAGUGGCCUAGUUGAGGCCUACGGGCGUUGUGGUUGUCUCGCAAAUGCGCGUAAUCUGUUCCGCUAUAUGAAGAAAAAGGAUGUGGUUGCAUGGAGUAGUCUGAUAUCUGCGUAUGCACUUCAUGGGGAGGCAAGAGCUGCGUUGGAAAUUUUCCAAGAGAUGGAAUUGGCGAAAGUAGAGCCUGAUGAGAUUACUUUUCUUGCAGUACUGAAGGCUUGCAGCCAUGCUGAAGGAUUAGCAGAUGAAGCACUGCAUUAUUUUGGUCGGAUGUGUGAGGAUUAUGGUGUGCAAGUAAAUAGUGAUCACUAUUCUUGUUUAGUAGAUGUUCUGAGCAGAGCAGGGAGGUUGCAUGAGGCAUAUGAGGUCAUAAGGAAAAUGCCAGUGAAGGUUACCGUUAAAGCUUGGGGUGCUCUUCUUUCAGCAUGUAGAACUUACGGAGAAUUGGAGCUUGCUGAGAUUGCAGGGAAAGCUCUGUCCGAAAUUGAGCCUGAUAAUCCUGCCAAUUAUUUACUAUUGGCACGAAUAUAUUCUGGCUUAGGAAGGCACGAGGAAGCACAACGAAUGAGAAGGGAAAUGAAAGAGAAGGGAGUGAAGGCAUCAUCUGGAACUAGUUGGGUGGUUUAUCAAGACUAAUAUCGGGUGUUGGAAAGUUAUCAGGUUUUGCCUACAGCGAACAGCUAUCUUUUGGCCUGUUAAAUAUCAGGCCAAAAAAUUUAGUUGAAAGCUAGAAGGGGUUCAGUUCUGAAGGCAUGAUAAUGCAAAACAAUGCAGCAGAUUGUAACGUUGAGCAGUGGAGAAUAAUGCAGUACUUUGUGACUCGAAUCUUCGACAUUGAGAGUGGAGAAGCAGCAUUUUGAGAGAGAUCGGAUGAUGAGGAAGGAAUUUAUUUCGAACCAGUGGCAAGCUUCAAGAUGUCUUCAGAGAUGCCUUGCUUAAAAACAUGCCCAAAAACACAUGUACAAUAUUCUCAUUCCCUCUUAAUUUUCUGUUUUGACUGAAUUUUGAAGACGGUGAAGAGUGAAAUGCAUUGAGUUGCUUUAGGUACCAGGAUGUAUAUGUAAAAAUAUAUUACUGAGUUAUUUUGGACUCCAUGGAUGAAGCACGCAUGCAGUUACAACGAUCUGGAGGAAGUGCUUUUGUCAAGAAUUGUUCAUCAUUUUUUCACUACUGAAUUUGUGAAUAACUCAACUCAA